GCCGUUGACGUCUUCACAGCUGGUAGGAGAGACCCUAGAGUCGGUUUGGAUGGGCAGACUGUGGCGGUGAGUCUCGACUCUUGCUGCAGCAAGUGCCAUGGUUACACACACAAUGGCUGCGAUGCUCACACUGCCACCACAGCUGUCAGAUCAAGCCGGCCGAGUGACUGACCACUUCCACCCAUCCCCCAUCUCCUUGACGACAAGAAGAUGAGAGAGACCAUGCGAGUCCUGUGCUUCCUCGGUCAAGCCUCCCUGCUGCUUCUACCAGCCUUCUCCGCCGCAGUUGCGUUGCCAGCCAAUGUGUCUCCCAGCAGCAGGUCAUGCAAAUGCAUCCCUGGCGACAAGUGCUGGCCUUCCGAUACUCUGUGGGAAUUGUUCAACUUCACGGUUGGCGGCAACUUGAUUCGGACACAGCCCGUCGCCGCCUCCUGCUAUCCCGGUCCUGCUUCCAAUCCAGCUCAAUGUGCCCGCGUUGAUGUCAACUGGGCCAAUGCUACAUUCCAGGCCGAUGAGGUCGUCGGGCUCUCGUAUCCGACCAAUAUCACCUGUCCGCCCGUCAAUGCAACGGCAGGGGAGACUGCUCAGGGGACCUGCACACUGGGAGUGAGCCCGAGCUAUGCGGUGAACUGCACAGACCCUCGACACGUCGCCUUGACAGUCGUCUUCUCCAAGCUCUUCAACAUCCGCCUGGUGGUCAAGAACACGGGACAUGACCAGCUCGGGCGGUCUGAAGGCUCCCACGGCCUGGAAAUCUGGAUUCGUCAUCUCCGCAACGGCAUCACGUUCCAGGACACUUUCAAGUCGUCGACUGGUUGUACGGCCGGCAAUUGGACUGGAAGCGCCUUCAAGAUAGCAGGUGGAUAUUCGUGGGGAGAUGUGGGCGCAGAGGCACAAAAGCGCAAUGUCGUCGUCGUCAACGGCGGCACUCCCUCUGUUGGCGCCAUUGGAGGCUGGAUGCAGGGUGGUGGUCACGGCCCUGCAUCUCGAGAUUUCGGCCUCGGGGCAGACCAGGUGCUGGAGCUGGAGGUUGUGCUUGCUGACGGGGCUCUCGUGACGGCCAAUGCCUGCCAGUACAGCGACCUUUUCUUCGCCCUCCGCGGUGGCGGCGGCGGCACAUAUGGCGUCGUGGUGUCGAGCACGAUCAAAGCCCAUCCCAUGGUCAACGCCACCGCUCAACAUCUGGCCAUGUUCCCCUUGAGCGCAGACACCUCUGGGCUCCUGGACGCCAUUGCCGUCCUGUACUCUUCCUACCCCGACCUCAACGAAGCCGGCUACGCCGGCUACGGCCAGUGGUCCAUCAACAGCCCAUCGCCUCUCUUCGGCGACGUGACGACCGGCGACGUGACGACCGGCUACGUCCACGGCUUCAGAAUCUUCAACUCCACCGUCGCGCAAGCUCAAUCCGCCUUCGACGCGGCGCGAGCAAGACUGGCCCCCUUCAACUUGACCAGCGUCUUCAUCUCCGAAACCUACGCCUCCUACCCGGACUACUGGACAUACUACCACGCCGAGUCCGGGGUCGAACCGCCCGUGGGGUCGCCCGCGUACGGCGCUGGGAACCGGCUAUUCGACCGCGCGUCGGUGACGCAGAACGCCAGCGCCCUGCGCCGCAUGAUCCAGACCAUCGCCGGCACGCCCGCGCAGUUCACGAUCAACAACCUCGAGCUGGUCGGCGGCGGGCAGGUGUUCCGCGACGCGUCCGACCCGUUCUCCGGCGUCACGCGGGCCUGGCGUAGCUCCUACUUCAACAACAUCGUCGCCCGCGUGUCGUCCUUCGACACCCCCCAGUCCGUGCUGGACGAGAGGCAGCGCGACGUCACGUUCGUCAAGGUCCCCGCCAUGAAGGACCUGGCGCCCCGCACGGGCGCGUACAUGAACGAGGCGGACCGCUUCGACCCGGACUGGAAGGCCGAUUUCUACGGCGGCCCGCGCCACUAUGCGCGGCUGUUGGACAUCAAGAGGAAGUACGAUCCGCGGGGGCUGUUUUAUUGUCCCACGUGUGUCGGGAGCGAUGCGUUUGAGGUGGUGGAGGGUGGAAGGUUGUGUCGAGUCAAGGGGCAAUAUUUUACAGAGCAGAACCCGUCAAGGUGAGAUGAAAAGGUGGUUUGUUUCUCAAGGUAUCAACCAGUGUGGACAUAAUGUCGCGCGUUCCACGAGCUCGAUGACAAGGCGUAUUGUUGGAGGGUUUGAGAUAUGGUGAUCCGUUCAUUCAUUCAUUCAUUCAUCUCUCCCGCAAACUAUGGCUGCAAUGCUAACGAACAUACAUAAUAUAUACAUACAUAUUGGAG